AUGGAAGACGCUUCAAAUAGAAAUCCAAGACAGACAGCAGGGUUUAUUUCAUUGUUAACUUUCUCCUGGCUGAGUAAUAUUCUAAAACUGGGCAGUAAGCAUCCUCUGGAGGAGAAGCACUUGUUUCCACUGGAACGUUCAUUUCAAGCAAAGGACCUUGUUGAUUACUUGGAGAGGGAGUGGUUAGCAGAAGUGCGAUGGUCCCAACAAACACGAACAAAGCCUCGCCUUUGGAGAGCCAUGCUGAGGAUAAUUCCUUACAGAGAAUACAUUAUUUUGGCCCUCUUGAGAAUAUUUUAUUCAUUAUCAAUGAAUCUCCUCCCUUUGAUGGUUUGGCUUUUCUUGAAAAGCAUUUCUUCAGGUAGCAGUGAAAAAAGUUACGCAUCCUCCCUGCCUUUUGUGGUCUGUAUUUCUGUAACCUCAGUUGCACGAAAUAUAUUUGUAAUGCACGGGAUAUUCAAGGGAGAAAUGUGUUCAGUUAGAUUCAAAGUGGCUGUUGUUGGACUAGUUUACAAAAAGGUAUUUAUAUUUAUGAAAUAUGACUAAAAACAAUUACUGGGGUUAAAAACAAGUAAAACCGGGAAGGAAAUACUCGUGGAAUCAGUCUUUACAACGAUUUGGAAAGUCAAGGGAACGCAAGAUCAAUAUUUUUUGUUAAAUUGUCACCAUUGCCCUUUAAACUUUUAAACUUUUCAGCUUGAGUAAUCAACAUUAGUUUUCUCCUUUCCAGGUACCUUUUAAUAAGUGAAUUGACGGUCAGUGUACGGUUGUUACUUUCACACAAAUUUACAUCACAGAGACACGCCAUAGGGUCAUGUGCCCGCUGGAAUGUACUCAGUGCAGUUAUUACCGUCUAUGAAAUGUUCCAAAAGCGAAAAAAAUCCUGAAUGGCCUUGACGAUUCUAUAUUAGCGUUGGAAAAUCCGUUAACGUAUUUCUCUUCAGAAGAUUUAACCUCUUCUUCAAAAUUCAAGAAUUUAUUGCAAAAGAUGGUUGUAUAUAUAGCUUCUUUCUAACGCGUAGUGUUAAGAUACGGGAAGGUAAGUAAUAGCCUGCGGACACAGACAUAUUUCCAGUCGUCGCUUCUCUCCACCCGAAAAGUGUAACUCUUGGGGAGGGGAGAGAAGUACGACCAUGGCGACAUCCCGCAAAUACGUCUGUGUCCGCAGGCUGGGUACAGUAAGUAACAGAGUGUUUCCGUUUCUUUUUUUUUCCUUUUUUUAGAUUCUUUCUAUUAACAGAUGCGUCUUAGAAGACAGCGUUUCGGAAAACACAAUUAAUCUUGUUUCCAACGACGCCCAAGUCAUUGAGAAAUUGGGACAUCAUGCUUUCCACGCGUCAUUUGCAAUCCUGGAUGUAAUAAUCGCUUUGAUUCUUCUGUGGUAUUUAGUAGCCUGGCAAACUCUAAUAUCAGUUUUCUUCUUCGUCUUGGUCACUGCCUAUGACAUCCUUGCAGCUCAUAAAUCUGGAAGGCUUCGCGCUAAAGCUGCCACACAAACUGAUAGAAGAUUGGAGAUAAUAAAAGAGAUCGUUUCUGGAAUCCGCUUGGUGAAAAUGUAUGCUUGGGAGGGGAACUUCAGGGAACUGGUUGCACAAUUGAGACGGUUAGUAGUUUCUGUUAGUUAAUUGUUUACCAAGAAUGGUACUUUGUUAGUUUGAAGUCGGAAGGUUUGAACAAUUUGCAUUAAACAGGAUUCAUGCUUAUUACAUGCACUGACCACCUCCCAUUCACCUUCACACUAAAUGUUAAUCAUGUAUGAAAGAGGGUUAUUCACUUACAACCCCACCCACAAACCUAGAUGGCCUGCUAGUUUCCGCUUUUCAAUUUUUUCUGUCCCUAACAUUGAUACUGCGUCAUCGCAGGGUUAGCCUGUGGUAGAACAGGGCUUUCAAAUUCUUUCAACCCUCAGCCUCUUGUCCAUGCCUAAGCUACACCAUGAAGGAACAAGGGUUGAGCAGGGUAGCAAGUAAAUAUGAGGCUCUUACUAUCUUGUCAUAAACCAGCCAGUUGACAUGAAAUGACAACAGCGUUUGGUCUGUUUAGUGUGAAAAAAAAAGUUUCAAGUGAAUUACCCGUAUCAUUCAUUAAGGUAGAUUGCAUCAGUGCAAGACAAGAAAGGCGGAUUUAGGGGUGGUCCAGGGGGUCCCUCCGCCCCCCCCUUUUGUCCGCGAUUUAUUUUUCUUUUGUAAAUUGUGUGUUGGAUGGUACUUCGAGCUUUGUUACUUAAAUAUAUUUUCUUUAAUAAACAUUGUUAAUAAGAAAAGAAUCUGUGUUCGAAGCCUACAUUUUUAGUCGCAAAUGACCAAAGCUCCCAGAAUGCAUGCAGUAAAUAACCUUCUCAAACAAACUGGAUUUGAGUAUUUUCCAGGGAGAAAAUGUUGCCGCCUUUGCCGGAAGGUUGUGCUCUCGCCCAUAUCGCCACUGUAUACUAUAUCUCUAGGUCCCCUCUAUCACAGAAUCCUCCAUCCGCCCCUACAAGAGACUAUCACAGCAGUUUUUUAAAAUGAACUCUUUUAUAUACGACAGCACCAUUUGCUCAAAAUUUUAAAAGAAAAUUUGACGAUCUGACUGCUUGAACUCUUAUGAACAAAAGUUCUAUUUUGCAGAAAAGAAAUGUCUCUGAUUCGUGUCCGUGGGUUUUUUAUCUCCACUGUCUACGCCUUGUUCUUCAUUAGCCACACCAUCGCAGGGUUUCUAUCAGUUGCAACACUGGUUUUCACUGAACACAGCCUGACAUCAUUCACGGUGUUCACACUGCUUUCAAUUUUAGCGAAUAUCAAGUUUUUCGUAACAGUCUUUAUUGGAGACAGUCUAAUAUGGAUUGCAGACUCGAUGGUUGCGUUAAGAAGAAUGCAGAGAUUGUUGGAAACGAAACCAGUCAUCGAAUCUAAAAUAAGCAAACGACAGAAUAUGUCUCCUUUAAAGGUUUAUUUUAAAGGCAGGAGGUAUAAACCACACUUAGUUAGAACAGAGAGUUUCAAAACAGGAAAACCAGCCUUGAUGAGUCUUCAAAAGAUUGAGGACUUCCAAGCUGUUCAACCUCAAGCUGUGCUUGAAAACAUUUCCAGUUUGUGGAACUAUUCGUCAGAUCGCCCAGCAUUACAAAACGUUUCAUUGCAAGCUUCUAGUGGGCAAUUUAUAGGUAUAACUGGACCAGUAUGGAGUGGCAAAACUUCUCUAUUGAUGACCAUCUUGGGGGAAAUUCCAAUAUCAUCGGGUCAAAUGUCUUGUACUGGAAAAAUGGCUUACGUUUCCCAAACGCCUUGGGUCUAUUCUGGCACGGUGAGAGAGAACGUUGUAUUUGGUAUGCCUUUCGUGGAAGAAAAGUUUAAUAAGAUCAUCGAAGUGUGCGACCUAGGAAAAGAUCUAUCACGAUUUCCAAAACGUGAUCUCACGGAGAUAGGGCAACGUGGAGUAAUCCUGAGUGGCGGUCAGCGUGCACGAGUGAGUCUGGCACGUGCAAUCUACUCAGAUGCGGAUAUCUACUUACUAGAUGAUCCUCUGAGUGCAGUGGAUGCCAAAGUCGGCAAACAUUUGUUUGAAAAAUGUAUUGACGGAUUUCUAGCUGGGAGGGUGCGUAUUUUGGUGACACACCAAUUACAGUUCCUCCAACAUACAGACAACGUUGUAGUACUUCACAAUGGUUCCGUAGAGUACCAGGGUACCUUUGGUCACAUGGAGAAAGAAAGGAUGAGAAAUUUUUCUAUUGUUUCUCAAAGAAGUCAAGAGACUGACAUAGAUGAUCAUGCAAACGUGGUUGGUGAAGAUGAAGCUGUCAAGAGCGUCAAUAUUGUCCAUAAACGUGGAGAGAGAGUGGAUCUAAAAGAAGAGGAAGAGGACCGCAUGGUUGGGACUGUAAAAUGGCAAUUGUAUUGAAAGUACUUUAGAGCCUCCCUUUCAACUCGUCUAAUUUUUAGCCUUGCCUGCUUCUUCGUCGUUGUCCAAGGUAUUUAUAACUAUAAAAUUUAUAUUUAUUAUAAUAAUAUUUAAAAAUCAACAGGACAGUUUAGUAGGACAGUAAGUGUCUUGCGCUUCGGGUGCUCUAAUGAGACAGUUGAACUUCAAUGAGUUUUUCGUUUGUUUGUUUGUUUUGUUUACUUCUUUAAAAAACUCAAGGGAUAUCUUGUGCUUGUCUCUGAUUUGAUUUUGUUAUGAUUCAAUGGUAAGAGGUCUUCUUGUCAUCAUAUUCGGUCUGCAAUCAUACUCGUAAUCAGACAAAUUAGACUCUUGCUAGGCGGUCAUCCCUUUAAUCUCUGGUACAAUUACAGGUCGAACUGGACUCCGCUAAGUCAUACUUUAGAUAACUUCGGUUGCUUUCCAUUAUGCCAAAAUUUCGGAAAAUUUCGGUCCAAACGUAAAUGAAAAGGUUCGGUACAGGUAGAAAUUUUCCGGUCAAAGUGGUCCACCUCCAGAGGUGGUCCUCUUUGACUGGUCGGUCCGGUCUGACCGAAAAUUGCCGUCCCAUUUUCAGAAAUUUCCUUUUGUAGUCCCGCUUCAGCUCGUCACUUCACACAGUGGUCAAAAUGGCGGACGGUUCAGAUGUAAGUGAUUACGAGUGCAGUGUGUGUAAGCUUCAGACGCAAGACCUAAACUUUCUCCUUAUGCACAAUUGCACACAGGGCUCAGGUACAGCAGUGCAUCUUAAUUUGUUUUUUCUUUUGACUGGUUCCAUCAGUUUAUAAAGACAAAUAUAUUACUGGCUUCUCCGAGCAAUCAAUUCGAUGGCAGUUUUGGUUCCCGACGCGUUCCAUUUUCCCUUGGUUAGUCCGAGUGGUAAAAUGGAAAGCACCCUUCGAAAAUAGUUGCUUACUAGGUUGAGGAGUGUGUGUUUUUCCAAUUUUCUCGCCUUCUGUAACGCGACUUUCUUCCAUGCUUUGAUCACGUGCUGAUCAACAAGAAGGGUAUAAUUACUCAAAUUUAUUACGAUUAGGAUAGUACAUUUUAUUUUAUUCAAGGCCACCUGACCAAGAAUCAACCAGUGGCUGUUCCUAUGUUUAGUUGAGUGAAAGUCUAGAGAUAUAACAGUGUACCUAAGUAAACUACUUCCCAUAAACUAACAACGAUCAGACACCUUGUUUGUUGUUGUUGUUGUUUCAGUUUUAUGGAUCGCUCCGUAUUGGUGGGUUUCACGAAUGAUCGACAUGCCAAAAGAAAAACAGAAGGACUAUACUACGCUCCUGGUGUAUGGAUCCAUUGUCACAUUUUCCUUGGUGUUCACAAUUGUAUCCUCAUUUUGCUUUUAUCUGACAGCUUCAAAGGCCUCAGAAAAUCUUCAUAACAAGAUGACUAAAGCGGUUAUUGAAGCACCAGUCAUCUUCUUUGACACAAACCCAGUUGGUCGUAUCUUAAAUCGCUUCUCUAAAGACAUUGGUAGUAUGGACAUUAUGCUUCCACCACAAUUUCUCCUCGCAGUGCUAUGUUGUCUUUAUUUUUGCAGUGCCACCAUCCUGUCUGCUGUGGUAAACGUGUGGUUAUUUAUCAUUUGUGUUCCACUGACAAUUUUGUUUAUCUACCUUGCAAAGUAUUAUUUGAAAUCCUCUCGGGAAAUCAGGAGGCUCGAGGCAGUGACUUGUAGCCCUGUUUAUUCACUCAUUGCCGAUACCAUAGCAGGAUCAGAAGUAAUUCGCUCAUCAAAGAUGGAAGAUGAUUUCCUGCAGAAAUUUUUCAAGUAUGUAACCUAAUUUGCUCCUGAACGGCGUUCGGUAUGUUAGGCUGACGAAUAUGGGUAUAACUUUAAUUCUUAUAUUUUCAUCUUUGUAAGCGUGUCGACCAGUUAAAAUAAUUGUUCUAGGUGUACAUAGUAUUUGAAAUGAUUAUAGUUUAACUUUUCCUAAAGUAUGAUUAACACUUACCGUAGACCAGCAGGCGGAUAUGUUUCUAUUUAACACUCAGUGAUUCAUAAGAACUGGCAAUAAAAGAGAAAAAUGGAGAACACAUUCCUUCUGUGUCAAUUAUUUUAGGUACCAAGACAAAAACACAUCAGCCUUAAUAAUGCUACUGGCAUCAACACGCUGGCUUGGGUUCCGUGGAGAUUCAAUAAGCAACGUUCUGGUGACGUCUGUUUCAGUUGGAGCCAUGUUAGCGACACAAAGCCCAGGUGGGUAUCUUUAUAGUCCUCGAGAAUAAGCUACUUUAUUUGAGAAGGUUUUUUUUCAGCAUCUACUUAUCCCUAAACUGCUAGUUAAUUUGUUUUUAAAAUGAUCACAAGCCCUUUUUUCCACAAUGAAACCAAGACGAAUGCCUGGCGGUGCCUCAUUCUGGAAAAUCGGCUAACUUGGUGUCAGAAACAAAGAGUCGUUUUCUAUAAGCCAAGAUGCGCCUAAUAUUGAAUACGUUUGUCACAGACACAACGACAAAUAUACUAAAAGUAUAUAGAGCCACUGUAUUCAGCCAAAUAAAGAUUUUCGUAUGGUUGACGUAGUCUCCGACUGGUCAUAUGAAAUGAAUAAGAGAUCGAAAACAGCAUUGAAUUGUGAGACCAGUGAACUCCUGUCGCACAGUCCACCAGUAUAUUUUUAACAGAGACAUCGUACUAUAGGACGCGCGUCAGAGGUUCCCUUAAGUUUUUAUACCCCAUUGAUAAAGGAAAGUAAUAGGAAAACUUACUUGUGGCACUGAAGGUAGAACCAUUUUGAGGAACAAGGAUCGCAACAAGUUCCUCAAGGGAUAAACUUUCUGAGGGUUAAUAUUUCAGUAAGGCUGUAUGUCCGUCAUCAUUAAAAGGAUAACCAUUGGAUUCUGAUUCUUCAUGAACUAAAGCGGCUAAGCCUUCGUUUACUUUCCUAUCAGCUGUAAUAGGUACAUAUUUUGUCUCUGCUCUUAACUCGUUCUUCCGAUUAAGUGUUACUCUGUCUGAUUGGCUACUAAUUCUCGGAAAGGAGAAGAAAACGUUUGUGUUUGUUUGCAGCGUUAGCUGGCAUGUCUCUGACAUUCGCACUGGAGACGUUAGAGGCUGCACAGUAUGGCAUUUAUGUCGCUUCAGAGACAGAAAAUCACAUGACAUCAGUGGAAAGAGUGUUUACCUACACUGAAAUCGAUCCAGAGCCUGGGUAUUGCGCAGAAACCCAAUCCCCUCCUGAAGACUGGCCAACAGCGGGCUCCAUGGCAUUACAUGACUUGUCGCUUACAUAUUUGGAAGGUGCUCCAGCAAUUUUGAACGGCAUAAACGUUUGCUUCGCAGCUCAGGAAAAAGUUGGAGUAGUAGGUCGCACUGGAGCUGGAAAAUCGUCUUUGGUGGCUGCUUUGUUCCGAAUGCCAGCCAGAAGGCAGGGUAAGAAUAGUCUUCUUCUCUUCUUUUUGUUAAGAUCUAUCGCGAUGUUGUAGUUGGCAGCAACAUGUUUUGGUGUUGCUGGAAGCUCUUGACAACGCUUAAAAAAGGUCAAACUUUUGAGUCAAAAAGUCUCGACAUUUAUGUUUCAUAAUAGCUGGGUGUUUUCGUUUUCAAAGCUUUCCCAGCCAUUCUCGUCCCAAGAGCCCUGAUCCUUUUGGCUAGUGCCCGGCAAGGAUCUAGAGCUCUGACUGGGACCAGGAUAACACGCAGGCGCAGUAGUCUCACGCUUUAGUAACCGUUGGUAACACUUUUCGCUUCAAAUUUUUGAGGAUGCACAGAAAGCCUGAAGCCCUUGAUUUGAGGAGUUCCGGCAUCUACUCUAGCUUUCGAUCUGCAGCAUUUAUCACAAGGAUCAAAGCCUUGGGGACGAGAAUGUUGUGCACUCGAAUGCGCAUUACUUGUCGUAUCCUUAGUAGUAUCCAAUGCGCAUACGUGCGAGAAUUAUACAUAGUAAAUGCCAGAAAAAUAAAAAGCUGGUUAAAAUGCAUUACAUUUGCUUUCACAGGUGAUCAUAGAUAA